AUGAACAACAAGAAUGAGCAAAACGCAUGUGUUAUUGUUUUGGGGGACAUAGGGCGCAGUCCUCGUAUGCAAUAUCACGUCAAAAGCCUAUCGGAGAACGAAUUUUCGGUGGAUUUCAUUGGUUACGUCCAUACUCCGCCACUAGAAGAUAUAAGAAACAGUCCAAAUGUGCGAAUUCAUGAGCUCAACCCCUUCCCAGAACUGGAAUUGCCGAGCAUCUUAAAGUAUAUCUUCAAAACAGUUUGGCAAACUCUUGGAUUGCUGAUCACGCUGAUCAGUAUUCGUAAACCCAAGUUUAUUCUCUGCCAAAAUCCUCCCGCGAUUCCUGCUAUAAUUGUUGCAUAUUUUUACUGCCUAUUUGCCCGAUCCAAGCUUAUUAUUGAUUGGCAUAAUUAUACAUACUCCAUUCUGGCACUCGAAUCUCCAAAUUCAUUGAUUGUAAGUUUUGCAAAGAAAAUUGAGGCAUAUUUUGGAGCAAAAGCAGCAGAUAAUUUGUGUGUAACAAAAUCUAUGAAAGUGGAUUUGCAGACUCGAUGGAAUGUGAGGGCUACUGUGUUGUAUGAUCGUCCUCCUCAACAGUUUCAAAGCAUAUCUCUGCAAGAAAAGCAUAAUCUCUUACUUCGGCUGGGAGAAACCAUAAGUGCCUUUAAAUCGAAACAAAUACUUGAGCAAACAGAAACAUCGGAUAUUAUAGAACGUACAGCAUUUACUGCAAAAUAUCGAAAUGGUGAGAUAAAACUACUGGAUUCGAGACCUGGGUUAUUGAUUUCCAGUACUAGCUGGACACCAGAUGAGGAUUUCAGCAUGUUAAUUAGUGCGCUUGAUCAAUAUGAACAGAAUGCCAAUGAACAACCUACGCACUAUCCGUCGCUUGUAUGCAUAAUCACUGGUAAAGGACCUCUUAAAGAUAGAUUUCGUAACAUAGUGGAUUCUAAGCCAUGGAAGAAGGUCCAAGUGGAUAUGCCCUGGCUUGAAAACGAAGAUUAUCCAAAAUUACUGGCUAGUAGUGACUUAGGAGUUUGCCUUCACUACAGUUCCAGUGGUCUAGAUUUACCUAUGAAAGUGGUUGAUAUGUUUGGAUCAGGAUUACCAGUUUGUGCCAUAGAUUUCAAUUGCAUUGAUGAGCUUGUGAAACAUGGAGAGAAUGGGUUCGUUUUCCAACACUACCAGGAAUUGGCAGAACAGAUCAACAGCUGGUUUAUGGAUUUCCCAAAUAAUAUUGCCUUGACCAACAUGAAGCAGAACAUACAAAAACAGCUUAAGCAGUUUCAAGCGCUUAGAUGGUCGGAAAAUUGGAAAAAUGUCGCAUUGCCUGUGCUUAAGAACUAACUUGUUUCGAUUUGGAAAGUAACCGUAAAAGAAGUUCAAAAUAAAUUU